AUGGCUCCAAACACCUCUAGAAAGCAAAAGGUUACCAAGACUUUUACAGUCGACGUCUCUUCUCCAACCGAGAACGGUGUUUUCGACCCAGCUUCUUACGCUAAGUACUUGAUUGACCACAUCAAGGUUGAGGGUCACCGCGGUAACUUGGGUAACGCCGUCACCGUUGAGGAAGAUGGUUCCGUUGUCACCGUUGUCUCUACUGCCAAGUUCUCUGGUAAGUACUUGAAGUACUUGACCAAGAAGUACUUGAAAAAGAACCAAUUGAGAGACUGGAUUAGAUUUGUGUCUAUCAAGACCAACCAGUACAAGUUGGCUUUCUACCAAGUUACUCCUGAGGACGAGGAAGACGAGGAAUAA